CGCAGACUGAGCCUCCAGUUCUUCCAGGUGGUCUCUGAAUACGCCAGAAAUUCGCUGUGGGAUCCUGAUCCAAAUGUGGGAGCUGGUAAUGGCCCCCAAAGACUUCCUCCUGGGGCUUAUCCCUUGGGACCCUCAAGGCCCAGGUCAGAGCUGGGUUUCCAAGUCCCCUCCGCUGUGACUGCCCCUCCAAGGGUUCCUGGCGGCCGAGUGGCAUUUCCUCAUUCCGGGAAACCAGCAGAGCCUCGGAGUGUGAGUGAAACUGGGUGGGGAGCGACCAGGAAGCUUCCAGAUCAGGAUCCUUGGCUGGGAGGCCAGUUAGGGCCGUCCCUCCCCCAGCGCCCCAUCGAGUCAAAAGUGACUCCCGUCCCUGGGUCGGUGGCCAGGCUCAGUUCGUGUUCCCUGCUGAGAACCCAGACGGAGGCGGAGCACCCGCUGGUGACAGCGGGAUGACUUUUUCUUCUCCAGCUCCCAGGCCCUUUCUGUUUCUUCUCUGCCCUGCCCCACCUCACGGAAGCCCUUCACCCUGUUGUUUCGAGAGUCGAGAGUCUCACACCGGUUGGCGCACCCACAUAUCUGGAAUACCUGUGUUCACCAGGGAGAAGCAUUUCUUAUGUUUACUGUGCAGAAGGGGGCUUCGCGGGAGAAGCGGAGGGUGGCCGCGUGUGCUAGGGAGGCCCCUGGAGCCGCGCCGGGGCUUGCCCCGAGAACACGGGCCCGCACCGGCCGGCACGUCCCCGGCUGCCAUCCCCGCCGGCCUCUGAUCUGCCGCCGCCAGGGCUCCCCAGUCUUCUUGGCAAAGCUGCCCAGAGAUUCCUGCUCGCGCUUGUCUGUUCCUGCCUUCGGGGAGCCUGGCACCCACGGGGCUCCAGGCGGAGUCUUAAGCCCUGACGUCGGCAGCUGCUCCGGAGGCCUCGUCCGGGACCCCCGGCAGCCGCUCUCUUCCCAGCGAUGCCCUCGGGAGCCUCGGCCCUGGCUGGAUGAGACCAUCCCAGGAGGGACCCGACCCAGCCGCCCACCCCAAGGGCCGCGCCUCCCCCGCCUCCCCCCAUGCCUGGCUGCCCUGCAGAAUGUCCGUGCCCCAGAUCCAAGUGGAAGAGGUGGCGGAUGGGGGCGAGGGGGUGAUGGCGGCAGCCCUGCCUCCUGACGACCACCUCCGGAGCCUGAAGGCCCUCACGGAGAAACUGAGGCUGGAGACCCGCAGGCCCUCCUACCUGGAGUGGCAGGCCAGGCUGGGGGAGCAGACGUGGUCCCUCCCGAGGGUGGCUGCUGAGAAGAGGGGGCAGGAGGAGCCCCUGCUCCCGCCGAGAGGGCCCCCUCCCCCCGAUGGGAGUGCCGGCGGGCCACUGUCCAAGGGCAAGCUGGAAGGCUUCGAGAGCGUCGAUGAGGCUAUAGCCUGGCUCAGGAAGGAACUGGCGGAGAUGCGGCUGCAGGACCAGCAGCUGGCCCGGCAGCUCAUGCGCCUGCGCAGCGACAUCCACCAGCUGAAGAUCGAGCAGACCUGCGACCUGCACCGGAGGAUGCUCAACGACGCCACGUGUGAGCUGCAGGAGCGGGAUGAGCUGUCGGACCUGCUGUGCGAGUCCCCACUGGCCUCCUCCUUCAGCCUGUCCACGCCACUCAGGCUCAUUGGCGUCACCAAGAUGAACAUCAACUCCCGGAGGUUCUCUCUCUGCUGAGAGCCCGGAAGGGGGCCAGAAAGGGGCCAAGGAGCCAGGACAGGGCAGGAGGGCAGGGGUGGGUGGAGCGGCCCUCGGUUGCCCCAGUGCCUCUCUGCAGACCAGGGCUUCCUGCAGCUGGUGAGCUGGGAGCCCCCCAGGCCUUGUAGGCAGGAGCUCCCCCGGGGGGCCUGGUGGUAGAAUCUGGGGUCCCCCGGACUGGUUCUAGCUCAGUUCCCUGAGAGUCUGGAAGGGCCACUCCAUCCAGACUGGGUGAGAGCAGUUCCCCCCAUGAUGCUCUCAGCCACACCCCUGCUUCUGGUAUCAUGGGUGCUGGGAGCUGGGGUCCAGAGGGCCCCCGAACUGUGAUUCUUGUGGAGGCCUUCCAGGGUGUGAUCAGACUGUCAGGGUCCAUUUUGCUCUUGCUGCCCUUCAGGGCUGAGUCCAAUUCACCUGAACAGGUGACCCAGCCAUUGUACAGGGAUCCUGGAGCAGAAAACCAAAAUGCAUGACAAAGUAGAGCUCGGGGGUGCAGGCCCCACUCCAGUGCCCCACGGGCAUGGCCCCGCACCCAGCCCUGGGCGCUGGGUGUGUGAGCACAUGUAACACGUUUCAGACGUGUGCUGGGAUACUUUAGUGCCCUGGGUGGGGCAUGACAUCUGCCCUCUGUGGUGUCCUGGCCACACCUACCAGCCCCAGAGAGCCCCUGGCCACCCCCAGCUGGGCAGCGCCGAGGAGACCCUGUGACCAGCCCCGCAGUCCGUCGUGGGCCUCGGUCCUGGGUGCCCUCGGGGCCAGCAGCAUUACCCACGUCACCAGCUUGUCCACCCCAGGAAGACCAGGGCCCGGAGCUCACCCCGCCCCGGGCCCCGGCUGACUCACUCUGCUUGAGUCAGGCUGGUGCUAAUCUGUAGCUAAUUUGUACAAGAGUUAAGUGUUUGAUUUUUGUCCAAGCGGUGAAGUCAGCUGGGCAGGGCAGGGCAGGGGUUGGGAUGAGAGUUUUCACCUGUGAGGACAGAGCCCCCCACAGUCUGGAAGGUUUGCCUGGUAGGAAGCCAUGGUUGGGGUUCCCGUCGGGCCUGUGGGGGCUCCCCUGUGAGGUCCCGAGUGGCCCCCUUGCUCGGGCGUCAGGACCAGGAGGGGGCAGGGCCUCCGCCAGGGAGCCCAGAGCGAGAGCAUCAGCGAGUUAGGCUGCUGGAGGGUCACCGGUCAGUGAGCCGAACCCCACUGUGGUCCUGACGCUUUGCCAGACCCCCUGAUUGCCACCCCCGCCCCUCCCCUGGCCCCUGCACACCUCCCACCUCAGAAUAUGGGGGCCAAAGUCAGCAGUGCCUGACCGUGGGGCCACGGGACCCCCUCACCAGCCACCACCCCACAAAAAUGGGGUGACCUGCCCCUCUGCUUUCCCCAGUCCCUUCCUGUGGGUCACCUGGGGGCUGGGCACAUGUCCACCUGCCGCACUCACCACACACACACACCACUCGUCACCCACGCCACAUUCACAGGACACACCGGCACACUCGUCCCACACUCACCACACGCGCACAAGACUCCGCAGGAGAGGCUGUUUUUCCUUGUGGGCCGGGAGCGGAGCAACCAGGGAACAGCCGUCUCGGGACGGCCAAGACUGUGGGCUUGUCCCGCAGUUCCGGAGCCUCCCCAGAGCCUCCCCAGAGCCAGUCCACCCCUGCUGCUCAUCGCCGCACCGCGAGCUGCACGGGAGCACGGCCUGCGCCCCCAGCCCACCGGGCACCCCAGCCUCCUUGCCGACAGGCCCUGCGGUCAGGGCCCAGCCUGGCCCCCACACCUCAUCACUCCCUCCAGAGACACCCAGGCCACACUGGAAAGCUGCUCUGUACUCUGGAAAUAAUGCCAAAUUGAUGCCUUCUAGAACUCAGUAACUGGACAAGUCAGAUCCCACUAACGCUGAGACAUGAGUCGAGUCCAUUGAAUCAGCGUCAGCUGGCGGUGGGUCGGCCGGCGCCCUCCUUUCUCUGUUCUCGGGAGGACGCUGAGCCCCAGGGUGCGUUUCCAGAUGGGUUGAUGUCUCAGCCAUUCUGCUUCGCCCCUGCCAAGGGCACUUUAUUUGGGGUGUAAGGGAGGAGGUGAGGCAGAGGGUGUUUCCAGCUCGUGCGGGCGCGUCUGCUCCUGGUUUCCAUGUCAGCUCAGGAGAGGCGGGUCCGUGAGUCCCGGCGCCGGCCCAGGGCAGCCGUCCGCUCCUGGGCCUGUCCCGUCUGUCCCCAGGGACCCCGGUGUGGACACGCAUCCCCCGGGCUCGGGAGGUCUGUCCUCCUUGGCCUCGCCAGUGACCAGGGGCCUGUGACACAGCAAUACCAAGUGCUAUUAUUACAUAAUCGACAAUUUAUAAUUUUAUUUUUUAUGAUCAUCUGUUUCUAUAUUGGUGGUAGAAAAGUGAAAUUAAAAUAUUUCAAAAGAAGGUGUCU